UGCGCGGGGCCGAGCGCUGCCCUGGGGGUGGGCAUGUACCGGGGAGCGGGGCCGCCGCCGCCGGGGAGCCAGCCUCACUUUCUAGGAGUGAGGGGAGACCACAGCCUGCCGGGGGCUGCAAGCGGGGCGGCGGACAGGCCCGUGCGUCUCGGCUCCCAGAUGGCCAAUUCCCUCAACGGCCGGACCCCGCGCAAGGGACGGAUCCUGGGCUUCAUCGAUGCCAUUCAGGAUGCUGUGGGCCCCCCCAAGCAGGCAGCUGCCGACCGCAGGACUGUGGAGAAGACCUGGAAGCUUAUGGACAAAGUGGUAAGAUUGUGCCAAAACCCAAAGCUUCAACUCAAAAACAGCCCACCUUACAUACUUGACAUUUUACCUGACACUUAUCAACAUUUGCGACUUAUACUGAGUAAAUAUGAUGACAACCAGAAACUUGCACAACUCAGUGAGAAUGAGUAUUUUAAAAUCUACAUUGACAGUCUGAUGAAGAAAUCUAAACGGGCUAUAAGACUCUUCAAAGAAGGAAAGGAAAGAAUGUAUGAAGAGCAGUCACAGGACAGGAGAAACCUAACAAAGCUGUCCCUCAUCUUCAGCCACAUGCUAGCAGAAAUCAAGGCUAUUUUUCCAAAUGGCCAAUUCCAGGGUGAUAACUUUCGUAUCACCAAAGCCGAUGCUGCAGAUUUCUGGAGAAAAUUCUUUGGAGAUAAAACUAUAGUGCCAUGGAAAGUGUUCAGGCAGUGCCUUCAUGAAGUUCAUCAGAUAAGCUCUGGUUUGGAAGCCAUGGCUCUUAAAUCUACUAUUGACCUGACCUGCAAUGACUACAUUUCAAUUUUUGAGUUUGAUAUCUUCACUAGAUUAUUUCAGCCGUGGGGUUCAAUCUUAAGGAAUUGGAACUUCUUAGCUGUGACGCACCCUGGCUAUAUGGCAUUCCUGACGUACGAUGAAGUGAAGGCGAGGCUGCAGAAAUACAGCACUAAGCCUGGGAGCUACAUUUUCAGGCUGAGUUGCACUCGGCUGGGACAGUGGGCCAUCGGGUAUGUGACCGGCGAUGGGAACAUAUUGCAGACCAUACCUCACAACAAGCCCCUCUUUCAAGCUCUGAUUGAUGGCAGCCGGGAAGGAUUCUAUCUGUUCCCAGACGGGCGAAGUUAUAAUCCCGAUUUGACAGGAUUAUGUGAACCCACGCCACACGAUCACAUAAAAGUCACACAGGAGCAGUACGAAUUGUACUGUGAAAUGGGCUCCACUUUUCAGCUGUGUAAAAUCUGUGCCGAGAAUGACAAGGACGUGAAGAUAGAGCCUUGUGGACACCUCAUGUGUACGUCGUGUCUGACAGCGUGGCAGGAAUCCGAUGGCCAAGGCUGUCCCUUCUGCCGCUGUGAAAUCAAAGGAACUGAACCAAUCAUUGUGGAUCCCUUUGAUCCCAGGGAUGAAAACUCCAGAUGCUGCAGUAUUAUUGAUAGCUUUAGUAUGCCCAUGUUGGACUUGGAUGACGACGAUGAUAGAGAAGAGUCUUUAAUGAUGAAUCGCUUGGCUUCAGUGCGAAAGUGCAAUGAGAGGCAGAAUUCACCAGUGACAUCCCCAGGAUCUUCCCCUCUUGCACAAAGAAGAAAACCACUCCCAGACCCCCUGCAGAUCCCCCACCUCAGUCUUCCACCUGUACCUCCUCGUCUGGACCUUAUUCAGAAGGGAGUAGCACGGUCACCAUGUGCCAGCCCUACUGGGUCACCAAAGUCUUCUCCUUGUAUGGUGAGGAAACAAGACAAACCUUUGCCAGCACCACCACCUCCCUUGCGUGAUCCUCCACCGCCCCCACCGGAGCGACCCCCUCCAAUUCCACCGGAGAACAGGAUGAGCAGACACCUGCACCACCCGGAAAGCGUGCCUUCCAGAGACCAGCCCGUGCCCCUGGAAGGCUGGUGUCCCAGGGAUGUGUUUGGGACAGGUCAGUUGGUAGGAUGUCGAAUAGGGAGCGAUGCUUCUCCCAAACCAGGACUGACUGCGAUUUCAAACAUAAAUGGAAGGCACAACCGCAUCGGUUCUGAUCCAGGAUUUAUGAGGAAACACAGACGGCACGAGCUGCCUGCGGAAGGUGCCAAGGUCUUUUCAAACGGUCAUCUGAUAAAUGAAGAAUAUGAUGUCCCUCCACGGCUUUCACCCCCUCUUCCAGCUGCCUGCAUCAUCCCUAGUAUAAAGUGCCCUGUUCCUUCAGCAAAUUCUCUGUCUGAUAAAUCAAGGGAUCACACCGAUGACGAUGAUGAAUACAAAGUUCCUUCUUCACAUCCUGUAAUACUGAGCUCACAACUGCCUCACGGUCAUAACAUCAAACCUCUUGCUCGGGUGUGUGAGAAUGGGCAGUGUGCUGGAGCGGUGAACGGAACGCACGGUGCCGCUUCCGAGAUGAAGAAAUCAAAGCAUCCAGAGUUAGGAGAUGCCUAUGAUGCACCUACUGCUCCGGUACCUUUGCCACCUGCACGACCUCCUACCAGAGACAACCCCAAACACAGCUCUUUGCUCAACAGGACACCCUCCGAUUAUGAUCUUCUGGUGCCCCCUUUAGGCGAAGACACAUUUGAUAACUCGCCGCCCGCGCUCCCACCACCACCGCCGCCUGCGCGGCACAGCAUGAUCGAGCACACGAAGCCUGCUGGCUCGGGGAGCCGGCCCCCUUCGGGACACGAGCUCUUCCUUCAUCCCGAUCCCCAUUUUGACCCGAUAGCUGGUCACGUUCCUUUGCCACCUGCUCGUAGAGUAACUGGAGAAACUGUCAAAACAAACAGGACAUCUCAAGACUACGAUCAGCUUCCUCCCUCUUCAGAUGGUUCACAAGCACCAGCCAGGCCCCCUAAACCGCUCCCUCGGAGGACUGCACCAGAAAUACACCACAGGAAAGCGUACAGCUCUGACAGUUCCACGGAAAAUGUGGAUGCAAAAAUUGCAAAACUUAUGGGAGAGGGCUAUUCCUUUGAAGAAGUCAAGAGGGCGCUUGAAAUUGCCCAGAAUAAUGUUGACGUGGCCCGUAGUAUUUUAAGGGAGUUUGUCUGUUUUCCUCCACCGGUCUCUCCGCGUCUCAACCUAUAGCAGCAUCAAGAUCUUCUUGGAUCAUGUGAAUUCUGCGUAUACGCGUGUGGAUUGGGGAAUGACAGAAAGAAGAGAAUGGAAUAUUUUUUCUUUCAUCCUUAGUAGAAGGGUGUUUGUUUCCAGCCAUUUAUCAAAGACUCAUGGCUGCUCUGAUCAAGACUUAUAAAUAUGCUGAGGCUUAUGUAUUUUUGCUAGCCAUACUUUUUUAAAUCAGGGUUGAACUGACAAAAUAAUUUAAAGAAGUUUACUUCCCUAGAACUUUUAAUCUGUGAAAUGCUUUUUCUUGUUUACAAGUUGGCAAGUUACAGUUUUCUAGUUGGUGCCUGUACCAUGUUCCUGUUCAUGUUCCCUUGUACCUGUGGUCAGUUCUGCUGUAGCAUUCCCAACAGUUUCUAUGCUGACCACCCCAUCAACUAAAUCAUCACUUUCCAGAAGUUCUGUGUUUGUUGUUGGUUUGUUUUUUUUUUUCUCUUACAAGAUGCUUUAAUUGUUUUUUGCAUUUCAGCUCAUCUAAUGCAAAAAGUAUGUGGCCUUCACUACUGAUUUAUUUUUUUUCUUCUGAGAUUCCUUUGCUUUUGAGAGAGGAAAUAUCUGAAUGUAAAAUGCAUUAUUCUGUCUAUGAACUGCCUUUUUAAAGGUAUUUUGACAGUAAUGUUGGGCAGCUUUCUGUUUAACAUGAAUUCCGUGACCUGUAGUUCUCAAGGUCUUUUAUACACCGUAUCCACACACAAAAAUCCCAACCAACAAAUAAAACAUUUAACGCGGCAGCAAUACUGAGUUCUAACAUGUAAAAGCUCUUUCAGAUUUGAGUCUUUGAUUGCAAACGUUCAGAAAAAGCCAAGUGCACAAGGCAGUCCUCUGUUUUGAUCACACACUGCUGGCACUGUGCCAGCGGAGGCGUGCCAGGCUAGAAGGGAUCUUUUUGAAUCAUGUGAAUGGUGUUCAGGUAAAUUCCAGUCCUAGCUUCUGUAAAGUAUAACGCGGUUAACUUCUUGUUUGAGUGAUUAUUCUGUGGUUCGUUGUGGCUUGGAUCAGUUUGUAUUAACAUGGAAACUUUAAAUCUUUGAUGCACUGUUAAUUCCUAAUGCUACUGUAGCAAUAUUUUUUGCAAAGUUCUUCAGUAACCACCUCCUCUGUACACUUCAUUAUGCUCAAGUAUGUGUUUAAUACCCAAAUUAAUUAGCUCACUUUCCAGCUGCUUAGUUGGAAAUACAUUUUUGGUUUACUUGGUUAGUGAUACUCCGAGCUCUGACGUUUUAUUUUUGAGUCCAAAUUGAUGCAAACCAAAUUAAAAAUCUUCCCAGCUGUCGAGAAGGGAGAAGGCAACUCUUCUUAGUACACUCAAGAGUCCAAAUAUUUCCAGAAUAAUUUUUAAAUUGCUGCUGUCUUUUUCUUUUUUUUUCUUUUUUUUUUUUUGGGGGGGGGGGGGGGUGGUUUUGUGGGGUUUUUUAGGAAACUUUGAAAUCUUUUUUUCUUUUAUUACUAUCAAACGGAUAAAACCGUGUGGUAGUUGGGAUAUUUUUCAUGUUUUGAGAUGUGACCGAUAUGUGAGAAUUUUCACAGUGUGCUAAGCUGGGUUUGAGGUGUAUAUUUAUUGUUCCCUUUCAGCUGUCAGUGUUCUUCAUUCUGAGCCAGUGGUAAAAGUUACAUCAUUUACAGGACCAGAUCUCAACAGCAGUCAGUACAUUUGUUUUAAAGAUUUUAUUCUUUUUUUAGGACAGCAAAUGGCUGCAUUGCAGGAUUCAAAAUAACUGGGAACACCCAGUGCAAAUUGCUGUGAUAUGUCAGUCCAUCAUUUCAUGAAAGAACUUAUUCUUAAAACUAAUUAAAUAAAUUAUUUUGUAGCAUCACAGAGCAUAGUAUGGGUAUCAUUGAUCUGCUUCAGUGAUAAAAGAUGAUCAGGAGGAUUCAGGGUAUGGGGAAAAGCAUCUGUUCCGUUUUGAUUUAAGCAGGUGAUUCUGGGUUGAUGUUCUAGACAAGGACAUUUGCAGCUUCCUUCAAAGGUCCGUUCCUUGGGUACGGCUUAUGAGAAGUUUCGGUAGAAGUUAUAGUCUGUGCUUUUAGUUCAAGUAAAUCUUUCCCCUGUGUGCGAGGAGAGUUUUGCGUAGUGUUGAACCCUCUUGUUCCUUUGUUUUGGGGGGGGGGAGUUUCACCGUCACUCCAGCAUUUUAGCGAUCUAUAAAUUGAAAGCGAUUCAGGCUGUUAACUGAAACACUCUGGUUGGACUGGAAUUGCUUAAAUGAGGUUCUAGCGUAACGGCCAGCGCGGCACUGACGACAGUGAGAGCCGAGCCCUUUACAAGGACAAGCACACAAGCUGCACAUCACGUUUUGAAAUUUUGAAUUGUAACCGAGAACUCAUUUUCUCAUUUUAUGCAGCAGCUUAGUAUGAAUUACAGCCUUGUGCUUCAGCUGGAGGCUGGAACUGCUGCCUGACAGGUUUGGGGGGGUGACGUUUUCCUGCUCCUUUCUGGUUGUGACCACCAGUGACACUUGGGGUUUUGUAGCGUGUGUUAAAAAAGGCUUUAUGAGCAAUAUACUGAGUUGGUAACUUGAAAAAGAAUUCCAUUAAUCUUUAAAUGAAUGCGCUAAUAAUGCUUCUAAAUAGUGGAACAUGAAGACUAUUUCAAACCUGUUUCGGUUAAUAGUUUUGAAGUCAAACAGAGUGGAAUUGCUUUGCUGGUGUUGAUGUUUACUCUGCGGGAAUUAAUAAGCUUAAGAUAAAUUAAUCUGGCUACAGUCUGGUUCUCUAAGCACAUAGUCCUCUAAGUGUAUUUUAACCUUUGAAAGGCUUACGGGUCUGAGCCUGGCAGCGAGUUACACACGUAUAUAACUUUAAGGAAGGCUGGCAGCAGUGAGAGCACUUGGAUGAAGGAAGCUGGCUGAACUCGGGCAGAUGUGCUAUCCCGUUCCUUCCAGCGAAAUGUCCUCGCAGGCUUUAGACCGUCAUUCUGAUGGCUGUUGGCCUCACCUUCUAUCUCCUCUUGGCUACGUUGCUGCGUUUUAAGCAAACUGUCUGAAGCAGAAGUUGAGCAAAGUGAGUGGGCAUCAGCAGCAUGGAUUGUUUCCAAAGAUUAUGAGUGGAAAAAAAUUGAAAUUGUGAUAAAAUAAAUGAAUACAAUUAGCCACGUUAAUGGCUUGGCUGCAACCCUCAAGUGACCACUGGUAACAUUGGUUAACGUUCAGUAUCUCACGAGUGCAUCAGGCAGAGCUUUUUUUCCAUAAUGUGAAUUUAGGAGGUUUUGUACCAGGAUCAUUUCUUUUGUUACAUUUCUCUUCAGCUUUGAAGCUUUACUUUGCACUGACGACUCUGACCUGAAAGCAUUUAAAUUUGUGUCUUAAAGCCUGACAAAUUUGGAAGCAAAUGAACACCAUAUUCUAAGCAAAUUCAGGUACUACCUGUUGACCUGGAAUUUAGCGCUUUUAGGAAUGACUUCUUGAAAAAGGACUUCAGUAGUUUCCAUUUUGAAGGAUUUUCUUUCAAAUAACUAUUUUAUCUGAAAAUGCCUUUUAUAAACUUGUCUAACUUGUGGCAAACUUAGUGAUGUGUUCAAUUAAUUUAUAUUUUAUUCAACAUUCUUUUUAAAUUUUGGUUAUUAUGUAAGCUCAACUUCUUUAUCUGUUCAUGUAAGGUAUUUUAUAAAAUUAAUGUUAACAGAAUGUUGGGUUGGUCUGUGGUUUUUCAAGACUCUGUCUCUCUGUUAUUAAAUAUUACCCCUUUUCAUAUGCUGCUUUGGAAGCACAGCCUGUCCUGUGUAGGGGUCUUAGAAACUGUUGUUUUGUAAAUCACAAAAAUGUGGCCUUGUUCUAAAAUGAAGUGAAUCAUUGCAUUGAGACAUUUGCUUUAUUUCCCCAUACGUUAGUGCAUUUCUAAAUUUCAGUAGUAAAAAUUUAUAAAUUGGCAGCAGUUUUGGAAUGUGCGUGUAAUAGCUGUAUGGAAGAAAGAUGAUAAUCAUUAAAUAUUUAGAAUGCAAAGUGGUGAA